AGACAAGCACUGGGUAUGAAUCAAACCAAAGUUACGUUUAAAACCUUCCUGGCGUGGAAAAAGCGCAAGCGUGUGGAAAAGAUGGAAGCUGGUAUUUCGGCCAAAGCCAAACGAGAAGCUGAUUUCAAGCAGGGACGCACAGCCGGAAUUAGUGGACGUGAAAUGUUCGAAUUCAAUCCGAAUCUUGUCACCGAGUCCGGCGAAGUGGACGAAGAUGGUGAGGGUGAUGUUGUUUACGCUCGUACGACUGAAGCGGAAGAGGACGAGUAUACUGGUCCAUUGCGUGAGAUUGAUGCGAACACAUUCCUGCUGACAGAAGAGGAUGCUGAUGAUGAUGAAACUAUUGUAAAUGGAGAGCAUCAAACACUCCUGAUGAGUGCGAGUGCCAUUCCCGGUCUGAGCAAAUCCCUGAAGAAUGACAAAGAUCCCGGGCUCAUUGCAGUGGACGAGGAACUUUUUGAUGAAGCCGACCUAGAUGAUUUGGAGAACGAGUUGGACGAAUUGGAAAUUGAACAGUAA